AUGCCAGCUCCUCUUCCCAUUGCUGCUCCUGGCUUCGGUCCAGGCAUCGGCCCAGGUAACCUGCCUCCUAUUACAUACGACCAGUGCAUUCCCCAAUGUCAACCAGCUUGUCAACCAUCUUGUAUCCAGCAACAUACAGCCGCUCAGUGCGCUCCUGGAUGCCAACCGGCUUGUAACCCCUCUUGCUCCCAGCAGGAAACGGCUGUGCAGUGUGCUCCUUCAUGUCAGCCAGCUUGUCAACCAUCCUGUGUCCAGCAGCAGCAAAUGCCAGCACCCAUCCGGAUCAACGUCCCAGUAUCUCGACAAGACCCUACCUGCUUGCCCCAAUGCCAAACGCAAUGCCAGUCCGCAUGUGCCACUCAGUACUCAACUGCGCCAUGUUUGGACCAGUGUCAAACUCAGUGCUCUGAAUUUUGUGUACCUGUGAAUGUUCCAGCUCAACCCCAGCCUCUCGCCUCAGCUUCAGCCCAGUGUGCCCCAGCCUGUAUGCCAGCUUGUGAAAACACUUGCGUUGAAGCAUUGCCUGCAUGUGUGCAACAAUGCCAAGCACAGUGCUCGCCGACACAGACUUCUGCGCAAUGUCAGGCGUGUCAAAAUGCCUGUGCAGGUCAAGAACCCCCAGUGAUCCGAGUUGUUCUUCAGCCAAGCAUCGCCCAAUCCGCUCAGUGCCAAAAUCAGUGUGAAUCCACGUGUUCUACACAAUGUGCACAACAAAGCCAACCAGUAACCACUUGCCAACCUGCUUGCCAACAGAGUUGUGCGCAAACCUGUGCACCAUCCGCACCUGCUCAGCCUACCGUUGUGGCUUGUGAGCCCGUCACUGGACAGCAGCCACAACAAACUUGCCAAUGUAAGCCCGGAUACUCCCCCUGUAACAGAGGCACACAAUGCUGUCGACGACGACGUCGCUGA